AUGUUCUCCAGCACUCCAAUCGAGCUCAUCCCAGCCGGUGUCCUUCUUGCCAUCAUUGCACUCGGUGGCAUUAUUGGCAACACUAUCAUGAUCAUAGUGUUCUUCAAAAACAAGUAAUCAGUUCAUAAUGAAUCCUAAAACGAUUGGAGGCAUUACAGAAAGCUCCGUUCUCCGUGCCACUACCUGAUCACGAUGAAUUGUGUGGGAGACCUUCUACACAAUUACGGACAAUUCAUCUACGUCGUCCAUCUGUUCGGAGAGUUCCAAUCGUUCCAGUCCACCUGCUUUUUCCUCACCAUUCCCACCCUUUUCGGAGUUAUCAGUGGAGCGUGCUGGAUCCUCGGGCUCGGAAUCGACCGUCUCAUUGCCUGCAAGUGGCCUAUCAAGUGAGCCCCUUCCAGUUCCACUCUCACGGUCCCCCGUUGGAGGUACCGUUCUCUGUCCGGCUGCUCCGUCGUCUACUUGCUCGCCCAAUGUGCACUCCCCCUUGUUUACACCUCAUUUUUCUUUUUUCUGGCGUUUUCCGAGAUGAAUAACACGUGAGUGUUGCCGCAAAAUAGAGAAAGUGUGAUUUGUUCUUUGUCAGACUUGUGACAUGUUCGGUUCCAUUGGCGAUGGGCUCAAAAACAUUUAUAGCGUGGUCAGUGGCUAACCUGGGUCUCAAUGCAGUGACUGUGUUGAUUUACACAAUUACCUAUUGCCUGUUACUCAAACAAGAGACAGAUAGUGGUAGUUCGUAACAUUUGAAGAGUGAAAAGAUGACCGGAAUAUUCAGGAAAUGGCUUCAAAAGUGUCUUCAAGUCUAUCUUCAUCACAGUCGCCUUUAUCGUUGUCGGAUGGGCGGUCACCUGCAUCGCCAACACCUUCCUUGUCCUGCUCAUUCCAACAAGUUUCGGGAAGCAAGUGCUCAAUAUGUACUCUGGAAUCCCUGUGAACAUUGCAUGCGCCGCCAACGUCUUCAUAUUCUACACCGUCAAUCUCGACUACCGUAGCUGCAUCCGACGAUUGUUAGUGUUGCGAAGUUCGAGAUUAUCAGCCGCUCACUCCGACUCCAAGCCGACCAAUGUUCCCAUUCCAUCUGUUAAGCGUUGA